UAGGUGAUAAGUACAGUUCCAUACAGACUUGAUAUUUUAUCGUUUCGGCGCUUUUUUUAAAUAAUUUAUGCCACUUACGACUCGUACAGUUAUACGUCAAUAUGGCCACAGACCGGACGCUGGACGCGCGCGACGUCACGAAAAUCGCGAGUAGUCCGACGAAACCGGCGAGGAUUUUCUUAUUUAGCGGCAAGAGGAAAUCUGGAAAGGACUACAUCACCGAUAUCUUGUACAACAGGAUUGGCUCGCAAAGGGGCACGAUUAUACGCUUAUCGGGACCCAUAAAAUCACACUGGGCGAAAUCUCUGGGUCUCGACAUCGAUCAAUUACUGGGACAUGGGGAAUACAAGGAAAAGUAUCGGCUGGAAAUGGUCAAGUGGGGUGAGGAUAUGAGGAGGAAGGACUACGGCUACUUUUGUCGCGCCGCUAUUGACAUGUGUAACGCGCGGGACAAGUCGGUGUGGAUAAUAAGCGACGUCAGACGAAAAACCGACGUCAAAUGGUUCAUAGAAAACUUUGGAGACGCCUGUAGAACCGUACGGAUAGUUUGCCCCGAGGAAGUCAGACAGAAACGUGGCUGGGUCUACACGCCAGAUGAUUCAGAAACGGAGUGCGACUUGGACGAUGUAGAUAACUGGGACGUGGUGCUGGAGAACGAUGAUGACAGCGACGUGGAAGCUAUGCUGCGACAGUUGUUGGGCCUCGUCAGCUAGCAAAGCUCUUUCUAUCCUGUCAAACGUGCAAUAAAUAAAUUCGCAAUUUCUCUUUGUUCUUUCCUUGGAAAAAAAAGAAAGCAAUGUCAUGUACUACAAUCUUUUAUGCAAUAUAACAUUCUUGUAUAAUAUGAAAA